AUGGCUGAACAAAACCAAAUGCCCGACUUUCGAAAGUCGUACACAAACGAUCACCACGAUUCAGACCAGACUCUUGAGCGCCAAACCACCGCCGCUCACCAAGCAGCCCAUCCUCAUCUCUAUGCAAACCCUCACCAGAUCCAUCCCGCCUUCGGUGGUGCUCUUCAGCCUGGUCUAUGGAAGCCUACAGAGCACCGCAAGUUCGCCAACCCUGCGCCUCUGGGACUGAGCGCUUUCGCUCUUACUACCUUUGUUCUGUCAUGCAUCAACAUGCAUACUCGCGGUGAAACCUCACCUGCUAUUGCUAUUCCUGUUGCUUUUGGCUAUGGUGGUCUUGUUCAGCUUUUGGCUGGCAUGUGGGAAAUGGCUGUUGGAAACACCUUCGGUGCCACUGCCCUCUCAUCUUACGGAGGUUUUUGGAUCGCCUAUGGUCUCCUCCAGACUCCUACAUGGAACGUCCUCGGUGCUGAUGGCCCCUACGAGGGCGAGACCGGCUCAGUCAUGGGUUUCUUCCUUACUGGCUGGUUCAUCUUCACGACUCUUCUCCUCAUCUGCACCCUCAGAUCCACCGUUGCAUUCUUCUCGCUCUUCUUCUUCCUCGACAUCUGCUUCCUUCUGCUCGCUUGCGAGAACUACGCCCACGAUCUGGGUAACCACGCUGCUCAGAUCGCUCUGCAGAAGGCAGCUGGAUUCUUUGGUUUCUUGGCUGCUUUUAUGGCUUGGUACAAUGCCCUUGCCGGUCUUCAGGACAGCAGCAACUCUUUCUUCCAAGUUCCUGUCAUCCACUUCCCCUGGUCUGACGAGGGCCGAGCCCACCGCCACCAAAAGGCUGAGAGCAACCUGGCUUAG